AUGUCACUAUUUGAAUUGAAUGUGAAUGAUAAAGACAUACCCUUUAUGGAUAAGGGCAAGCUUCUCAAGCCACUUGUAGCUGUGUUGUUUGUGAUAGGUAUAGCCAAUGCCAUACUCUUGAUGGUCCAGAAGAGUUCGGUGAAGACUCUGAACAAGGAUAGAUCUUCGCCGGCAUACAACAACUGCGCAAUCUAUUACAAAAGAAAGAACUUCCCGAGGUCAUUAGCCUUCGGACUUGAAUCAUUGAGGUACUGCAAAAGUGAUAAUGCCCUGGAAAAAAUAUGUGCUGCGUACCUUAGAAUGGGAAUGCUAAAGGAGUAUAUGGAAGUGUACGAGAAGAUAGAAGAUAAAAGCCGUUGCCAGGAGAUCAAAGCUUUGCUGCAUAGAAUGAAACUGAGCACCCAGACAGUCGGGAAGUAUCUGGAAAAGCGCAUUACAAUGAAGAGGCUGCAUGACUUAUCCAAAGAAAUAUCUGAGGGAAAGGUAAUACCUGAAGAUGUAUUGAAGGGCAUUCUUGAUCAAGGGGAAAAUCUUUUGUUAGGAUGUGAAAAUGUCGUAUAUGUUGAAAGCAAGGGGGAGGUCAUAGUUUUUGGUGAUACACAUGGGCAAUACUUUGAUAUUGCUGGGGUUUUGAAUGAGAUAUUUGAUAAAGAAAGAACAUUUAUAUUCAAUGGGGACUAUGUGGACAGAGGAACACACUCUGUAGAGAAUUUUGCGCUCCUACUCUCUCUCAAGAUUCUGUUUCCAGAGAGGGUUCAUCUCACAAGAGGAAACCACGAGCUUAUGAAUAUAAACGAACGUUAUGGGUUUUUCCAUGAGGUAAGAAGGAAGUAUCCACAUAGCAGUGAUUCUGUGUAUAGGAAGUUCCAGGCGGUGUUUAGGGCAUUGCCUAUUUCAAUAAUCGUCAACGAGAAGGUCUUUGUGACGCAUGGCGGGCUACCGGAGACUCCAGUAAAUAUAGAUGAACUGCAAAAGUUAUAUAGGAUGACCGACGAACAUAAAAACGAGUUACUUAGCGGGCUUUUGUGGUCUGAUCCCGAAGAGAUGACGGGUGUAAAGAAAAGUAAGAGGGGGGCUGGGGUGAUUUUUGGAAAGGAUGUAACAAGCCGGUUUCUAGAGGAAAAUGGACUAGAUCUUCUGGUAAGAAGCCACGAAGCCGCCAAGGAUGGGUACAAAGUGAACCACGAAGGAAGGACUGUGACUGUGUUUUCUGCACCUGAUUAUGAAGGCACCAAGAGCUUUGGAUCGUAUCUGGUUCUGUACCCCUCGAAGGAUGGUGGAGAAGACGUUAUCAAUGUGUCCCAUCUUACAAAAUAUAAAGUAGAAAGAUUUGGAAAGUCUGGGAACUCCGUAGUGCUAAAACUUUCAUGUGAUUAA